AUGGAAGCACGCUCACCUUCUGUUUUGAUUACGGGAUGUGGCAAGGGCGGAAUCGGCCAUGCACUCGCGUUGGAAUUCAAAGCGAAGGGGUACACUGUGAUAACGACAUUAUUGCCCCAUGAAUCGAGCACACACCUGAUCGAAUGUGGUAUUCUUACUUUCUCCGCGGACGUGACGAAAGACGAGGAUAUAGAGGGAUUGUGUAAGGAGGUCACUAAGACUACCCAAGGUCAACUCGACGUACUUGUGAACAAUGCAGGGAUAUGCUACACGAUGACGGCUAUCGACACGGAUGUACGCGAGGUGAAGAAGAUGUUCGAUGUGAACGUCUUCGGGCCCAUGCGCAUGGUGCACCAUUUCCACCGGCUAUUAGUGGCAGCGCGUGGGAAGAUUGUCAACAUCGGCAGUGUGGGCGGUAUAGUACCGUAUAUGUACGGUGCUAGUUACAACGCGACCAAGGCGGCAUUGCAUCACUGGGGAAAUACACUGCGCGUGGAAAUGAAACCUCUGGGGGUCAACGUUGUCAAUAUCAUUUCCGGGGAGGUAAAUACCAACAUUUUGAAGCGCGACCAAGGAAGAACACUACCCGCCGGUUCGCUCUAUCAACCACUCGAGGCAGAGUUUUCUCUUCAUGUGGAUAGGUCACCAAACACGACCAGCCCGAGUGAAUAUGCGGCUGCGGUAGUGCGGGAGAUUGGGAAGCGCCAACCGAGGGCGUGGUUCUGGACAGGAGCGACAACGUCGUUUGUGCGAUGGGGUGACAUGUUCCUGCCGAGGACUUUUUGGGAUUGGCUGUUUACGCGUUGGUUUAACCUUGAUAAGUUGCGAGGUCGGGGCUGA